CGAUAUAGUAGCUUAAAAAAGUCUUGUAGGCGCGGUUAUAACAAAGCGGAGGAUAUGGGUAACUUUUUCCGGUUGAGGGGUAAUAGAUCACCCGACCUGCAACUAAUCCCACUCUCCCAACUUCGAAUCGAUAUAUAACCAAAUCGACAAGAUAUAACUGGAAAUGAACGAAAUCCCAGAGAUUGGAUGAUCUGAAGUUACAGUUCCUUGAGCAACAAAAGUAUGAGCUUUGGUUCAGACAACGGAUCUAUUCAUCUAGCGAAAGAACUAAAACCGACUACUGAAGAACAAAAUCUGGUAUCGGGUGGAGAAAACGUCGGAAAGAAUCAAAAUGCGUGAGUGAAAAGCUGGAUUUCUGCAGAUGAUAGAUGAAAUGGCUGAGAUAUCAUGACUUAUUCAGUUCUUCAUACUGUUCUUCCUAUUUUGAGUAUGUUUUCUUAUUCAUUCGCUGAGAAUUCCCAGUACCUCCCAACCGAACGCAACGGCCAUGUUGACAUAUCCAAAUCCAGAUCUAACUAUGCCACGUCCGAGUCUGGAGCUUGAUUUUCGAAUGUCUGUUGGGCUGAAUCCGAAGAUUGCAGUUGGUCCAACGCCCUUUGGGCAGAGAAAUUGUGAGUCUCAAUAAUUUCUGGAUAAAGAGAUCCCAGGAACCUAGGUUGUUUCAAUUGAAGAGCAUACAUGCGUCAAUUUAGCCCAGUUCAAGUUUUUCGUCAGAAACCAUUCUGACACAAUUAGGGAUCUCUUUCACCGGUGGUUCUUGGUCUGGAUCAUGGGGCUCAGGUAUCGUGUUGGUGAGUUGUUGCCCCAACUACCCACAUCAUGCAAAAGAACUUACACUUUUCCAGCCUGGAGGACAAGAUUCUCAACUUAUAAUCGCAUCCGGCGCAGCCCGUCUAGACACUAAUUACCUCCUACAAACCUACGACAACCCACCUGCAUACAUAGCCAUCAAAACCCAAGGCUGGAGAACAGGCUCGCCUGAAGUUUUGGAGGCAUUAGCGGAUCCGAAGAGAGCGGACUCUGUAGACCCUAGUACUUAUAAGUUUAGACUUUAUGUGGAUAUGGAGACGGGGGAUGAGAGGUAUGCUGAUAAGGUUAAUUCUGGGAUGUGGGUGGGUGCUGGGAUGAGGAAGGGGACGGAGGUUAUUUAUGAGUGAGUUGUGAAGGGUUAUUGGAUUGGGCUUGAGCUAAUUAUGGUAGUGCGUAUCGUGUGUUGUGAGUAAGGGGGUUAUGAUUUGAUUUUGGAAGGGUGAAGAAUGGCAUGGGUUACUUACUACCUAGGUAGGUAGUUAUGGGGUUUAUGGAUUUAAAGGCACCAUCUUCACUUUCCAGAUUGAAUUGUUACUUUCUGAAAAAAUUUAACCCCAUCUACUUCUGGAUAAUUUCUUUCUUGCGCUAUCUAACCAGGAAUUCCAAGAAUGUUAUUAACCAGCAAAUGCCUUUCAAACUUACCAAUUCACCUACCAGU